AUGAAGCGACUCAGCGAAGCUGGAUCUUUGCGGACCCUGGCAGCACUGAUCUGUUGGAGAAAGCCAGCUGUAUGUAAGGUGGGCCGGAAGCUAUCAACUUCCGUGGUCUACGACGACAAACCGCCGAGUCCGACUGCCUGUGAAGACCUGGCGCGCCUGGUUCAGGAAGCCAGAAGCCCGCAGAGGCUUGGAAACAAGGGGCUGCCACAUGCCUCCUCCGACUACCGGUAUAGAUCGACACUGCGAGGCUGGAGUGUGAGAGCGGCUCACAACGCUCGCUACAGAGACCGCCAGAAAGGCUGGCAGUGCGAUGUAAAUGCGGGCCAUCUGCUGGACCUCGUACUUGAGCAGGGUGGCCUAUGUGCAUAUUCUGGUGUACCCAUGGAAUUGUUAAAGCCGCAUUCACACUGGAGAGCUUCCAUCGAAAGGAUCGACAACCGACAAGGCUACGUCAAAGAGAACUGCUGCUUAAUUGCAGCUGAGUUCAAUUCAGCGGUCCACAAGACGUGCAACGAGGAGGGCUCUUCUGGUGGAUCUGCGCAGUGGUCCAGGCAGAAAGUCCAGGAGGUGGCCCGUGUUCGAGAAGAGCAGGUGCAGUUGCAACGGCUCCAGGAAGGCAUUGCUGUUGCAAGGCUGCGCCCUUCUCCGACCCGAGCAGGCUCACGUAGGCGAUUUCGAGGACCAGAUGCAGAGGGCAGGUGGCUGUGUGGGCGUUGCGGCACUUGGAAGCAGCAAUCGCAAUUCUUUCGAGAAUCUGCAAGCAGAAAUGGGCUACAAAACCGUUGCAAGGAGUGCGCCAGGGAUAUGGAAUCAGCCUGGCUGCAGACUAUGCGCGGACACGGGCUCAGGUUACUCACUACCGCACGGCAAAGAGCUAGAAAUUCCGAUUGGAACGGCAGUUUUGCACUCGAUUUGGACGACCUGCUAGGCAUGCUAUGGCUUCAAGGUGGACGAUGCUACUACUCAGGUGUGCCGCUGCAUUGUGCAGCGGGCCCUUCCGAUUGGGUCUGGUCCAUCGAGCGCUUGGACAACUCCUCGACGUAUACCAAAGACAACUGCGUGCUGAUUGCCCAAGAGUUUCAGACACCUGACCACAGUCGCAACAAAGCCAAAUAUCCAGUUUUCGGCACUGCCCAGUGGUCACGAAGCAAAGCGAACCACAUUUGGGGACCUUUCUACUACCCAGACAGUGGAGCUCGGGUUUUGCAAGACUUGGUCAGGCUUCAGCAGUGUUUCGAUAAUCGAGCAUGA